GCGGAGGUGGUGGCGGAGGCGACCUGUCCUGGGUGGAGGUGGCGCGGCACGCCCAGGCGGACGAUCUCUGGCUGGUGGUCGACGGCGAGGUCUACGACGUCACGCCGUGGCUGGAGGACCACCCGGGGGGCAGGCUGCUCCUGCUGGCCUUCGCGGGGCGGGACGCCUCGGACGCCUUCGGGUCCAUCGGGCACUCGGCGCUGGCGAGGCGCGAGAUGCGACGGCUGCACAAGGGCAGGGUGCACCACGCCACGCCGCAGGCCGCCGCGCUCAUGCCAGCGGCCGGCAGACUCGCGGGACGGCGGGCCACGCUCACCGGGGGGCCGUCGGGCACGAGCGACCUGACGAGGGCGAGCUCCAAGGUGGAGGUUGACCUCAUGGACGAGGCGUCCCAGGACGGCGGCGACCUCUGGAACGUCGAAGAGCAUGGCUUUCUGCCCCGCAACGACCCGGUCGGCGUCGAGGCGCUCCACGGCACCGGCUUCGAGGUCUUCGCGCGGCUGGCGGACGACCUGCCCUCCCUGGGCAUCACAGGGGAGUUGCGGCGAAUGCGGGCAGCCACAGACGACGUGGAGCUGCUGCAGCAGGAUGAGGCAGAGCGUGCCUUCGCCGUCGUGGGGUACACGAUGGUGGCCUACUGGCGCAGCGGGAAGCUGGAGCACACCCAGGGGCUGGACAUUUCGCGCAGCAGCGGCGGAGGUGGCUGCGCGCCGCAAGGCGGCAGCUGCGCAAUGGACGCCUCCGCGGACCACUUGCCCGCGUUUCUCGCCGAGCCCAUGCUGGCCCUCAGCAAGCGGCUGCAGCGCCCACCGAUGGUAGAUUAUGCCUCCACCGUGCUGUACAACUGGGUUCGCAUCGACCCAGCUGGCCCGAUCUCCAUGACGAACGUCAGGUGUGCGGUACGGCUUACAGGGUUGCUCGACGAGGAGUGGUUUUUCAAGACGCACGUCGUCAUCGAGUCUGAGGCUUCGCAUGUGAUCUCAGCUGUGAUCGGUGCCAUGAGGGCCGCAGAGGCGGAGGAAGAGUCGGAGUUGUUGGAGCACCUGGUUUCUCUAGAGGAUGCCAUGUGGCGAGUUGUUCGGGCGUGCCUCCCCAUCAUGUACGAGCGAGACGUCUCGGGUACGCCGAAGUGUUGUCCGGACAUCUUCUACACGAUCUUGCGGCCGCUCAUCAAGUCUGGUGACCUGGUCUUCGAGGGCGAGUCGGGGCCACGCUCCAUCUUUCUGAAUGGGCCCUCCGGAGCUAUGAGCACCCUGCUCCCAGCCGUUGAUGCUGCGCUUGGCAUUAAGAUGACGUCCGAUAAGCUUCGCGCGGCGCUGGAGAAGUUCGAGCUCUCGAUGCCUCGAGGCCAUCGUGAGUUUCUCGCGAAGCUUCGCGGGCAAACGUCCAUUCGGCAGCGCCUCAUGCUCUUCCGACCCGAGGAGGGCAUCGCCACGGAGCAGCACGCCGCGUUGGUGCGCUCCUUCAACCGCUGCGUAUCCCGCGUGCUGGACUUCAGAUGGCAGCAUUGGACGUACGUCAAGAACUUCAUCCUGAGGCCUGGGAACAUAUCCCACGGCAUGGGUUCAGGUGGCACUACGUUCGAUUACCUGCAGCAGCACAUCCCGAUGAACAAACAGUUGCAUAAACGUAAACUGUCGGAGGUCCGCGCGGAUUUCUUGGAUUGGCAAUGGACUGCCGUCCCUGGCACGCGCGGAGCGCAAAAGGGGCGGCGCCGGAGGCGCCGCCAGAGGGGCCUUGCGCCGAUCCAAGAAAUCCACGCAGAGCUCCGAUACGGUUGGGGCGGUGAUUGA